AUUGGCCGCAUUGGUGUUACAUGUUUUUCUUCCUUACAUUGGUGGUUCGUUGGGUCAGGUAAGGGGCAGGUGGCUUCCGGACUUCAUACCGGAAGUGGACACCUUUGGCUUACUGAGCAGCUGAAGAAGUUUUGUCGAAAACAAAUCGGCAUAUUUUUUUUAUUAUCCAAAGGGAAACAUUUAGCCGAGCAGCUAUGUGCACCUUUGAUAAGGACAAGGGGCCGAGGAGGCUGAUGAAAAAGGGCUUGUCUCUCAUCUUAGUGGGACAUAUAAACUUCAUCCUUGGUGCUAUUGUCCAUGGAAACGUCCUACGCCACAUUUCCAAACCCAGCCAACAAAUCACCACAGAAUACACUGUAACUAACAUCAUUUCUGUCACUUCGGGUUUGCUGAGCAUUACCACUGGGAUUAUUGCUAUUGUGGUUUCGAGGAACCUCCGUGUGUUCAAGCUGCAAAUAGGACUUCUGAUUGCCUCCUUCCUCAACGCCCUGCUCUCGGCAGCCUGCUGCGUUGGCCUGCUAGUCGCCAUCACCAUGACCAUUUCCCACAACGGUCAGGGCCUGAUGCGUGGAUGUAACGACACCGAGGUGCCUGCCAACGCUCGGUCGCCGGUCAGCGCACGCUGCCCGUUUGACACCACACGCAUUUAUGACACCACCUUGGCGCUGUGGUUCCCCAGUGCUGUGAUGGCUGCAGCUGAGUGUGGCCUGUCUCUGUGGUGCUUCAUCGUAGGCCUGACUCUCAGAGGUCUGCUGUCCUGUGGACGCAACUACUUCAAAGAACAGUUGGAGGAAGAUAUUGGGCGUUCUCCUCAGAGCAGGCGCCUGAUUGGCCAAAACGUACUGAACCCUGAUGCCUGACUGAACAAAGUACACUCCAUACCUUCUUUAUACAUUAGGUUACAGUUUUUAUAUGACAUGUGUUGAGGUUAAGAUCAUUUCUUCCAUUGCGUUCCUUGAUGUAUAGUCCUGUCGUAAUGUGACACGUGUCGUGGUAUGACCGUCAUAUGUCUCUAUGCACUCCAACACACUACAUGUACUUUGUAGUGUAAUCCUUACUUUUUGCAGGGUAACUAACAUUUCAUGAUGACAUUAUUUUUCAAUAUGAAGAAGCCUUUUGGUUUUUUCACAAAAUACAUUUUUACAUCAAUUUAAACUAUUUUAUGUUUGAACUCUUCUCUAGGAAAUAUAUAUAUUUAUAGUUCUUUCUGUUUUUAGUAUUUUACGUGUUGAUUUUUAAUCCUCUGGGCACAAAUGCUAACUGUUGUGUGUCCUUUUAAUAGAUUUUUCCUUGUAUUUUGGCCAUAAAUCCGGUUGUGGCACUCCUUUAUACAUGAUUUUAUGCUUUUAUGUCCAAUUCUUUCACAGACAUAUGAUACACUGGUAGUUAUACCACAAUACCCCAAAACCAAACAGGGACAUACCUGUAAAAGGCCUAACAUUUAGAUUUUUUGGCUCAAAUAUCUCAAUAAACUUCAGCCCUAAACAAAAAUACCGAACAUGUAAGUUGCUUUUUAAAUUGUAACCCUUUGAAGGCCUAUUGAUUAAAUUAUGUUAGUUUUUAAUUAAGAUACAUUUUCUUAAUGAGUUAUUUUACUAAUUUAAAACUAUGACUUUAUCUGACCAAAAAAGUCAACAAAUGUUACAUGUUUUUAUGCAUUACAUGCAUAUUUUUGUUUAGAAAAUUGAGCACAAAAAAAGAAUCAAAUGUUUUUACGGCCUUCAAAAACCUAUGAACUCUAAUGUCCUGUUUUAUUUGCUAUUUGCUUUCAGUUGCUAUCAAGAAACCUUAUUUAAGGCAUAUAUGACGAUAAGGUAGUAUUUUGUAAUAUCAUAAAAUGUCUGAUAAUCUUACGUACCAGAUUUGACACAAUGUUUGACUUUAGAAAAUCUUGUUGAAUUUGGACAUGGCCCCUUUAAGAGCUACUGAUCAGUCAAUUCCCUCACACCUAAACUAUUAAUUUGAAUCAAAAAAAUACAUAAGACACUUAACAAUAUUACAAUUAUUUAGAAAUGUGUUUUAAUAACAGCAAUUACUGAUAAAGUUAACCAAGGAAUGGAUAUUUGAUUUAUAAAUUGAGAAGUUAAAAAAAAGAACAGUAUUGAUAGAUGUUUUGCAGCGUAGCUCCAUUUCCCUCGGUGGGUGUACCCCGCCUUCCGCCCAAAUGCAGCUGGGGUAAGCUCCAGCACCACCCGUGACCCCGAGAGGGACAAGCGGUAGAAAAUGGAUAGUUGUGACUGAAUCAACAGCGCCUCUGCUGCUAAGUACUGCACUUAAUUUUGCUUCUAGUUAAUCAACAAACUGCAAAAUAAGGGUCAUGGAGAUAACUCAUACAGUGUCAUGAUGUGAGUACAAUGGCGUGCUCGCUGAAUACUGCUCAUGUUAAGAGGUUCAACCAGUAUGUGGGCCAGGAGCCCUCUGCUUCCACAGACCCCCCUCACAUACCCCCACACACAGUGACAGAGAGGAUCACAUCAGAUCAGCCAUGAAACGGUUAAUCUAGCACUGUGCUCAAUCGUGCAGAAGGGAAUCAUAGCACGCAGCACUAAUCCUGAGUGUGUGAGGCAUAAAUAUUGACAUUGUGCUGCCUGAUACGAUCACACAUCAUCCAGCUCACUUUGAUGUCGCUCUGUUGAUGUUUUUAUCAGGAAGCACUUCAUCAAAUGUAUAGUUUUAAGAUGAUAUACCAAUAAGCUUCUUGAAAUAUGAGUUAACAAUGCACCAUCAGUGUAAAAUACUUUUUAAAAGCUAUUCAACUGGCCUUCACUCGUCAAGUGAAAUGUGUAUGUACAACAAUUUUUGACUGAUGUUGAAGUUAAGUUGUUGGAUAACUCGAAGGACAAAUUCAAGCUGUUUGAAAGAUUGCAUCACUGAUUACUGCUGCUCAUUUUAAUAAACUUUUUUCUGCUUAAAA